AAACACAAAGAAGAAGAAGAAGAAGAGCGGCCGAUCAUUCAUCAGCUCAGUGGCUCUUUGCGAGAAGGAGCGGAAGAGCUGCGCGGUUUGGAUCCUACCUGCUGAGAAGGGACCGACCACAGGAAGGAGACUCGGCGAAUGAAAUAUGGAGUGUAUUCCAGUGGCUAUGGAUGAUCUCGAGGGCAAAAAGGACCCGAUCAUAGAGGACCCGGAGCACAAUGUGUACACCAGGUUUAUGAAGUCUCACCGAUGUUAUGACCUUGUACCGACCAGCUCCAAACUGGUUGUGUUUGAUACAUCACUUCAGGUCAAGAAGGCGUUUUUUGCUCUGGUGUCUAAUGGCGUAAGAGCAGCGCCUCUGUGGGACAGCAAAAAGCAGUGUUUUGUUGGAAUGCUGACCAUCACAGACUUUAUUAAUAUUCUACAUCGCUACUACAAAUCUCCAUUGGUACAGAUAUACGAAUUGGAAGAACACAAAAUUGAAACAUGGAGAGAGUUGUACCUUCAAGACUCAUUUAAGCCGUUGGUUAGCAUAUCUCCCAAUGCUAGUUUGUAUGAUGCAGUAUCAUCUCUGCUGAAGAACAAGAUCCACAGACUGCCGGUAAUCGACCCCCUGACUGGGAACACGCUCUACAUUCUCACUCACAAGAGGAUCCUUAAGUUCCUGAAGCUUUUUAUAUCAGAGAUGCCGAAACCCUCGUUCUUGAGACAAACGCUAGAGGACCUGAACAUUGGGACUUUCAGGAACAUCGCAGUGGUCCGCUCUGACACGCCGCUCUACACGGCGCUCGGUAUUUUUGUUGAGCAGCGAGUGUCGGCGCUCCCCGUUGUUGAUGACAAAGGUCGAGUGGUGGAUAUAUACUCAAAAUUUGAUGUCAUAAACCUGGCAGCAGAGAAGACGUACAACAACCUGGAUUUGACGGUGACCAAAGCGCUGAAGCACCGCUCGCAAUACUUUGAAGGCGUGCUGACCUGCAACCGGCACGAGACCCUGGAGGCCAUCAUCAACCGACUGGUGGAGGCUGAGGUGCACAGGCUGGUGGUGGUGGACGAGCAGGAUGUGGUGAAGGGGAUUGUCUCCCUUUCAGAUAUUCUCCAGGCACUCGUGUUAACUGAUGGAGAAGAGGGCACAGCUUAAAGGAGUCCUGAUCCUGAUGGAAAUGCGACACAGUCUAAAGAGGAGGGUGGAGCAAAGGGAGAAAGAACGGGCAUGUAAGAGUGUCAUAUUGACAGUACAUUGAAGUAUCCUCACCCAUUCCCUGUAAUCCGGCUUCCCAUAGUCACACAUGAAGACAUCUCCCUCCCUGCAGAAAUGUGAAGCCUUAGCGAUGCAGCAAUAUAAAAUUGUAGCAGCACAGACAUACAGAAGCUCUUGUUAAAGUUCCAAGCUACAAGAGACGGAGGCGAGAGGAGCUGCUGCCUCUGAGAUGACCAGGCGUCAUUCCCACUUCUGUGCUUGUUGAUUUACGUGCAGUAGAGAUCGACCAUUGACUAGAUCAGUUUUUUUCCCCUGUAGUGUGAAUUGGAAUCAGAAUCAAAAAUAACUGAUUUACCUGUACUGCCUUUGGUUGGCAACAGUUAGAUUUUUGAUAAGACGGCUGAAAUCUAUAUGCACACAAAGCCGGGGAGUCAUUUUAAACGCUGUGUAACUUUGAUUAACAAUGGAUGCGUUUUGACAUUUGCUUGAAACUCAAACUCGUAUUCUAUGUAUAUAGAAAUGUUGUUUUCCCAGCUUUAGUUGUUAUUCAUCUAGUUUGAUUAUUUUAACGGAGGUGGGGAUUGAUUUCUUAAUCGUUUUUAUUUCUCUUUUUAUACACACAAAGACAAAAUUCAUGCCACUGAGCUCAUUUAUGAAUCUGCGGUUAGUGGACUGUUAAUUGUGCUCUAUCCUGCCGAAAGGCACCAGCUCUGGAUAUUUUUGGAUUUCAUGUUUUGCCAUUUGGUUUGUGCUGUCAAGAAUAACAAAUCUUUAAUGUAUUCCAUAUUUUACUUUUAUUUUACGGUUUGGUUACUCAUAUUGUGUGUUGGCAUCUGUUGCUUUCAACGGUGGAAGAUCUCACCAGCUUCUCCCAUCAUUUAAAAUGUAAGCCAAAUUAACACUUUGGCAUUAUUUGUUUUCUGAUUUAAAAUUUUUGGAGUCUAACAGUCAGUAAUGAACAUAAAGUGCAUUUAUUCAGCAUUUUUUUGUCCGUUGUGUUCAGGAACUUAAUCAAAAUCACCAAAUACCAGCUUUCCAUCCUUUUCUUUUUCCUAAAGAUGGCCCAUGGGAAUGUUUGUUUUGGUAGAUUUCAAAUGGAAGGUGAAGAGCUGUAUGGACAUGCUGUUUUAGUAGUAAUCUGCAUUGAGAUUAUAAGCAAUAAAGUUUCAGUUUGUCUAAAAUGG